GGGGAGGGGGAGGCGGGGAGGAACCCGUCCCGACUCGUCUUCUCCGCCAUAGCUAAACCUGCUGUGCCUCCUUAGCUCCCCGCAACAGCUCCCUUUCCCUUCCAUGAAAAUGCUGCUUGCACCGAUUGUUAUUCAUUCGCAUGCUUUGCUUUGUUUUUUUCUGCUUCUUCUUCGGAUUGCAUUCUGGGCCCUGAUUGGUUCCAUGCCUUCCUUCUUCUUUUCCUUCUCUCGGAGAAGUAGCUCCUCCUCCUCUUGUGUGGCCGUGUUUGGGCUGGAAACUACUGACGAUCCUUUGGUAGAGUUGCGAGGGUUUUAGGAUACGAGGAGGAGGAGGAGAGUUCGUGGUUGUGAGCAAUGACCGCUGCAAUGGCGUUAGCGAGUGGUUUCGUCAGUGUGAGAGGAGGUUGUGGAAAUGGUGAAGACUCCAGGCAUUUGUUGAAGGCGGUGGAAUUGGCGAAGAGGAGCGAUGGGCUAACGGCUCCGCAUCCGAAAUUCGGGUGUGUGGUUGUGCGGGGGAGGAGAGUUGUGGGAACUGGAGGAUUGAGUGGUUUGGGAGCCAGGCCGGCUGAGGUGCAAGCGGUGGAAGAGGCGGGUGAGUAUGCCCGAGGAGCCACGGCGUUUUUGAAUUUGGAGCCGGGGGAUUGCGGGGGUGACGAUGCGGCGGUUGCUGCGCUCGUGCGAGGGGGGUUGGAGAGAAUUGUGGUUGGGAUGCGGCAUCCGCUGCCGCAUUUUCGUGGCAAGGCGAUCGCUGCUCUGCAAAGCGCGGGUGUGAAGGUUGAUGUGGCAGGGGAGGAUUGUGGAAUCGGAGGGGCAAUUGAGGCUGCGCUUAAAGCGUGCCAGUUGGCGAAUGCGCCGUUGUUGUACAGAGCGAGUCAUAAUCUGCCCAUGUCUACGCUGAAGUAUGCGAUGACGUUGGACGGGAAAAUUGCAGCCAGCAGCGGGCACUCUGCGUGGGUGUCUAGCGCAGAUUCUCGGAGGCGAGUGUUCGAAACGAGAGCGCAGUGUGAUGCUGUCAUUGUUGGAGGGAAUACUGUUCGCAGUGAUAAUCCGAAUUUGACGACAAGGCAGGCUGGAGGGCAUCAACCAGACCGCAUUGUGAUAACUCGCACUAUGAAUUUGCCAAGAGAGGCUAACUUGUGGGAUACUUCGAACGCUCAUACGAUAGUCAUGACAGAGAAAGGUGCUAAUGUGGAGUUUCAGAAGCACUUGGCGUCGCGAGGGGUGGAAGUGGUACAAUUUGACCUUAUCAGUCCUCGAGCAGUGAUGGAGCACUGCUAUUCGCGAGGAUAUCUUUCCGUUUUGUGGGAGUGCGGGGGCAUGCUUUCGGCCCCUGCCAUUCAAGGAGGUGUAAUUCACAAGGUUUUAGCAUUCAUUGCUCCGAAGGUCGUCGGAGGGCUGCAGGCUCCGACUCCCGUUGGUGAGCUUGGCUUCGUGCAGAUGACGCAGGCUCUGAAGCUGUCCGAUGUUUCUUUUGAACUGACUGGACCUGAUAUGCUGGUCACUGGUUACUUGCAGCCGCUCUCAGAUAUUUCCCUCGAUAGCAAUGAUGAGUUGACAUGCAUCUCCAGGGGUGACAUUGCAGAGCUUCCGAGCAAGGUAUCAGUCAUUCCCUUCAACAAACCAUGGGACCGCUAUGGUGCUCUUUCGACUCUUUCGUACCAUCCUAUCACAAUACCAGAUUUUGAUGGCAAGCCCGUGUUAUGGAGUAGCGUGGAACACUACUACCAAGCUUCGAAGUUUGCAGGGAUGAACGAUCAGCUGGCAGUACAAUGUAAAGCUGAAAUACUGGGUACUGAGAGCCCUGUAGAAGCUGCAAGGAUCGGAGAAACUUUGUCAAGGCAGAGGCCGGACUUACUGCGCAAGGACUGGGACGCUGUAAAAUUGCAAGUCAUGCGCACUGCUCUCCAGGCCAAGUUUCUAGCUUAUCCUGCACUUAAAUCACUUCUUCUUUCCACUGAGGGUUCAGUUUUGGUAGAAUCUUUGCAGAGUGAUUCCCUCUACGUUGCUUCGAGAAAUGGUGUUGGCCUUAAUGUUGGUCGCUUAUUGAUGGACUUAAGGGCAGAGAUUCAAAGAGGACCUAUUCCGGACAGUCUUCAAAAUGGACAUGCCAAGACGCCCGUGAAUGGCCACGCAUAUUUUUUGGAUUGUCACCGUCAACAAGUUGCCAGCACAUAAGGACGAGUUAAGUCGGGAGACAGCAGGAGAUUGCGUCUCCUGACUCAAUGACUCAAAAAUUCGGACCGCCCAUUUUCAAUGUACAGAUUCUUCUUUAAUUUAGUGAAGGAGGGCACGGGUCGAGGAGAAACUACCGCAGAAGGAGCUUCAUUUUUCUUUCCGUCGGGGAAUGGCAAUAUCACGAGUAAACUCGAAAGUUACAAAUUCUUGUGCAUUCUAGGUUCCGUCUUGGAGGUCUGAGGUAACUUCGACUCAUCUAAAAAUUAUCACCGCUGCCGAUAUUGAAGACUAUCUGGAACCAUGUAUUUUUUUCGAAGUUCAUCGUGGAGUUUUCGUACAUCGCACAUACAUAAUUGGCCAGUUAUCGAUUUGUUGACACUAUCCCCGGGCUGAGCGAGCUACUGUGGGACUUUACGGUCUACACAUUUUGAUCUGAAUUCAAUUUGGCAUAUUUGUUCACGCUUCUCUGCGUAUUAUCAGGUACUACAUACGUCGAAAACCCUGAUUUGGCAAUACGUUAUUUGUAAGUGAACCGCUGUGGAUCAGCAAAUGGAAUAGUCAGUCUAGACUCUCGUAUCAGCUGUAACAUUUAUGCAUGCGCUCAAAUGUAAAACUUCCUGCAUCUGCAGUGGGAGGUGCUAGUGACAUUACUGCAUAAUAAGAUUGUGCUAAACAUUCUGGCCUCAUUUUGAUAGGGCUCUUUUGAAUGACGUUCCGAGGGUUAACGUAACAAUAAUCUCACCUGUGAGCAUUCUGUGCCAUUUGGUGAGUGUUUACAUCAUUAUGAAGUUUGAUAAUAAUACACCAUUUCUUGAA